UGUGAGCUUGACAGGGUAAGAACUGAACCCAACACAAACUACAGCAGCACCAGUUCACAAAGCAGAAGAACCCUUAAAAUUACAAGGGAAGAUAUGGUUGACGAGACGGAGAAAUUGGCUUCCAGCGAGGAAGCAGAGAACUCAUUGAUGACCCAUAACGUUGGGGGAGAGGAAUCGGAGGUGGAGGAGGGGGAGAUCGUUGGCGGCGAUUCAGAUGAUGCCGCCAAGGCGAUGGCGCCGCCGCCUCCCAGGCAUCCAUUGGAGAAUUCUUGGACGUUCUGGUUUGACAAUCCUUCUGCUAAGUCCAAACAAGCCGCAUGGGGAAGCUCAAUUCGCCCUAUUUACACUUUCUCAUCCGUCGAAGAUUUCUGGGGUGUUUACAAUAAUAUACACCAUCCAAGCAAGCUGGCAGUGGGUGCAGACUUUCAUUGUUUCAAAAAUAAAAUAGAGCCAAAGUGGGAAGAUCCUAUUUGCGCUAAUGGGGGGAAGUGGACCGUGAAUUUUUCAAGGGGUAAAUCUGAUACUAGUUGGCUCUAUACGUUGCUGGCGAUGAUCGGGGAGCAAUUUGAUGAUGGAGAUGAAAUAUGUGGAGCAGUUGUCAGUGUCCGAGGAAAGCAGGAGAAAAUUGCUCUUUGGACCAAAAAUGCUGCAAAUGAAGCUGCUCAGCUGAGCAUUGGAAGACAGUGGAAGGAGUUUCUGGACUACAAUGAUACAAUCGGUUUCAUAUUCCAUGAUGACGCCAAGAGACUUGACAGGGCUGCCAAGAAUCGCUAUACUGUGUAGUAGUUCAGUGGUUGAAAUUGAAUUCCAAGAGGUUGGCUCUGUCAGAAUGGGGGUGUUUCUCCUUAACAUGAAAUAUCACCACUGACUCGACUUCCCUCCUUGUUUAGGUCUUUAGAUAAUUCUUGUGGGAGUUAAAUACGACGAUAUCUGCGCGUAUUUUAGAGCACCAAGUCAACUCCUAUUGUAUUCUGAUAGGCUGGCUGAAAUUUUUCUGGUGAUAAAGUAGAGAAGAUGGAACCGAGUUGAAUUUAUGUUCUACUCCUACAUUUGUACCUUGUUCAGUUGGCUUAGCCACGCGGCUCAAGGGCCUUUUCUCUCGGGCUUGUUUGAGCAUUUGUUAAGUUUAUUUAUUAUGAUAUGCAAUCUCCUUCUAUACUAAA